UCCGACUCGGGAACCAGAGCAUCAGCGGAGAUAGCAGGCAUCACUUCGCCCCACUAGGCUAACUCGCUUUGGGCUUUGGUUCGGGAUGGACACCUUCUCGAUUUCUCGGAGCCGACGAUGCUCCAUCGUGCGCAACUGCAAAACCGGCCUCUCCAUCUGGUUGGCGGUAUCGUUGGUCUUAGGCGGGCCGAGUCCGGCUUCGGGGUGCCCGCAGUCGUGUGUGUGCUACCCGACCCCCAUGACCGUGAGCUGCCAGGCGCAAAACUUCACCACCGUCCCGGUCGGAGUGCCCUACGAGUCGCAGCGCGUCUUCCUCCAGAACAACCGGAUCACGGAGCUCAGAGUCGGCUCGUUUGGCUUCGGCACUCAGGUGCUGUGGCUGUUUUCCAACAACAUCACAUGGAUCGAGGCAGGUGCCUUCAGUGAGCUGAGGGACUUGGAGGAGUUGGACCUGGGGGACAACCCCAACCUUCACAGGCUGGAAGGAGGGGCCUUCCGCGGCCUGGAGAAGCUCCAGAGCCUCCAUAUGCACCGCUGCAAACUCACCGCUCUGCCACAUGACAUUUUCCACAAGUUGUAUAGCCUGCAUUAUCUCUACCUACAGGAAAACAACCUUCAUUUCCUGCAAGAUGACAUCUUUUCCGACCUGAUCAACCUGAGUCAGCUUUUCCUACACGGAAACCGCAUACGCACCAUUUCAGAAAACGUGUUCCGCGGUCUGGUUAACCUCGACCGCUUGCUCUUACACGACAACCGCAUCCGGCAGGUGAAUCGCCGGGCCUUCCGCGACCUCGGCCGCCUGACCAUGUUGUUCCUCUUCAACAAUUCCCUGCCCGAGCUGCCCAGUCAGACCUUGAGGGACACCCAGGGCAUCGAGUUCCUCCGCCUUAACGCCAACCCCUGGUCCUGUGGCUGUGAAGCCCGGGCCCUGUGGGAGUGGUUCCGGGAGGCCCGCGUCUCUUCGUCGGAGGUGAUGUGUGCGUCUCCUACCGCCAGACGUGGUCAGGACCUUCGUUUUCUUCGCGAGAUGGACUUCGCCCUGUGCCCCCUGCCCGAUCCUGGCUCCAUUGCCGGUUCCACCACCACCACAUUCAGCACCAAAACCAGAUGGUGGUUCCACAAAAACAAGCCCCAGUCAUCAACAAAAGGUGUCUUUGAGAAAGCGUCGGAGACCGUCAAGGCUGGUUUGUACGGGAAAGGCCCGUCUUCGACCACGUCGGUGGUCAAGUACGAGCUUGGGGAGGAAGAACUGGCGCUGCCCAAACUCGACCAGGAAGAGUACUGGGCGAACUACGGCAACGAGGACUCGGGUGUUACCUUGCGAUGUUUUGAGCUUGAAUGUCCACCUGAGUUCGACCUUCCUCCGUUUUCCUCCUCUUCCUCAGCCUCCUUGCCCUCCUUCCUGUCAGUACUAACCUUCUCCAUAUUCACAUUCAACCUCCACUGGCUAUUUGGCUGAGUUGGACUCGCGGGUUCCCCUGCCCUUAACUUCCGGCCUGUUUUAAAGGCUGCAAAGAUCCCUGCUAUAGACUCUCUCUACCCUCUUUGCCUUCUCUGCCGUACGCUAACGCCAAAGGCACAGCGUGGGAGAUAGGGGGAUGGUAGGAUUCUAACUACCACCUGCAGGGCUUUACAUGUUUCAGGGCUGCUAGGAUACCCUCAGAUAAAUAGUAUGUGCAACAUACUGCAGGCUGAUUUCACUGAAAUCAAAGACUGGAGGGCUGCGGUUGUAAACGAUGUCAUUACUUGAUCAACUCGACUGAGUCAAAACCGUACCUGGCUGGUACAGAGUAAUUACUGUUAGGACAUAGUAACAACAGUUUCGUAACCACUUACAGUGUCUUGUAAAUACGGAUGUAUGUUUGUCGUGUUCCAAGUGAUGUUGUCCAGGUCGUCUUGGUCCAGGGCGAGCGUGACGACGCGUACACGGUGCCAAUCCGCUCGGAAACGAGGCAAAGAGGGGACACACCUGUGAAGAGAACACGAGAUAGAGGGUCGGUCUUUGACUUGAGGCGGUAGAAAAGCGAAACAUUGAGUAGUACCUCAGCUUACAAGCUAAAUCGGUAACGUGACGCAGCUCGUAACUCAAAACAGUCGUAUUGCCAAUUAGUGAAAAGCACAAUUUUAACAUGUGAUUUGCCUUUUAAAAAGACAAACUGACUUUUAGAUAAUACAUAUUGUACAAAGAACAAAACAAUAGAGUCUAGUACAAACAUAUUCAGUAGUUUUAUGAAGUCAUGCUAUGUAUUUGCAGGGUGCUGAAAAAAUUGAUUCACAUUCAAAUCGCGAUUCUUAUUCAUGUCGAAUUUUUUAAAUACAUUUUUUAAGCACUUACUGCAAAAUAUGUCAUAGGUCAGCAGCCAGGAGGAGCUUUUGUAACCAGGCUAUAACCUGUUUUGAAAAAAGUUUUACACCAAGUAAUAAAACUGUGAGCAUUAUGUUGACUAGGGAAUGGAUUCUAAAAAUUUAGUCAUUGACCCAAAAAUGUAAUCGAAUCGAGUUGUAAAAUUCACAUCCCGAGUAUUUACCUCGGAGAGUAGACUUCUACGGGCUUCUUCUCCAUCAAACAAACCACGAGCAGCUUCUUCAUAUUUUCAAGGAUACAUUUCAAUAUUAUUUUAACGUCCUUUACCUAUUCAUUUUGCUCCAAUGCAAAUGAGCGGUGCUACGCUCCAACUAUUUCACCAAGUUAGCUAGCUACAAAGAUAAUGCGAGCGAAGGAGACCGAAUGUUUUGGUGGGAUCUAACGGGGGUUCAGUGUGGCAUUUGCCAUGCUAACUCGUAAGUCGAGGUACCGCCGAGUAUACGAGCGUGAAAACACAAAUGUCCACUGCAGAGGACGCUGGUUCUCAGGGGGAUUUGAAUGUGUUUUUUUUUUUUCAUUUUCUGUCAAUAGAAGAAUUCUUCCAUUCAGGAAGAUUGAAAUUGGAUGUCUUUCUGU